AAAAUAAAAACAUGAGAGGUUUUUGGACAAAGUUUGUGUUCUCCAUUCUUUAAGCACUGAUUCGAGCACCGAUUAAGCACCGGCACUGUUUCAAAAGUACUGGUUUGGCACCGGUAUCGGAUAAAACCUAAACGAUACCGAUCCCUACUCCUAACAUGCCUCCUUCCUCCUCUUCCUUUUCUUUCAGCCAUCAGUAGCUGUGAUGGCAUGCCACACAUGGUAAGCUCCACACCUCACCACCAGUUGAUUCACUUUAGUUUAAUUUACAGUCACUACUUUAAAAUAUCCUACUUAUUGUUCAAUAUUGUUUCUUUAUUAAAUGUAUUUAUUUUUCCAUCACACCUUCCAAUGUUUAUAUGGCGUGCACACAUAUUAACCUUGCAAGGUCAAAGUUCUGUUUUAUGUUAUAUUAAUACAUCUUUUUUUGAAUUACCUGGGGUUUGGCUUCUCCUUCUGUCUGGCAAAAGGUAUGGCAAAGGGCUGGGAGAGCUGAAAUACCACUGACAGCCUAAUUGGACAGACCCACAUGCUUCAUUGCCUGGGGAGUGUUCCAUGUUUGUUUAAUUGUUUUGUAUUAGUUGGUUAUAUGGCAGCCAUUUUGUUUUCCCCCGUGUGUGUCAUUUGGUUUAGCUAAACCAGUAUUUAAGUUCCCCCGUGUGUCAUUUCAGCAGGUCAGUUUAUCAUAUGUUUGUUUGAGGUUUUGUUAAUUAUUAUCUUGAGUUUAGUCUAUUGAGUUGACCUCUUUUACUGGUCUGCCUGUUUAUGUUUUGGCUUCAUUAAAUAUAUUUUUAUAUUUUUGGGUCAAUAAAACCCCUUUUUUGAAUUAAAACCACCUGUGUCCUUUAUGCUUUACUGCUUGGUCCCUGACAAUUGGUGGCAGCAGUGGGAUCAUCCAGUAUUGGACACAGGGUUUUUUUUCUUUUUUUUUUCUUUCAUCUGUUUUUCCCCAUGAGGAAGAAGAAUGCAUUGUGGUGGCAAGAAUGAAAAGAAAAAGGGAUCUGCUCAGCAAACCUGCGAAGAGGAGGAAAAUGGAGCCUCAGGAGUCACUGAAGUUGUGGAGAGAGUGGAAAAGGAGCCUACUUUGUCUGAUCUAGUCAAUAUGCUACAUGCUCACAUGGGACAACAGGACGUCCGGGAUGCAAAACAGAGUGAGUUAAAUGCACGACAAGAACAGCGAUUUAAAGCCCUUCAACAUCAGUUUAGACUUCUGCAGUCAGAAAUCCAAGUCAGAACAUCACCAUCAGAUUCUGCAGAAGCUCGCUCUGAUUCAUUAGAGUCUGAUAAUCAUCCUUCUUCCUCUGCUCAGCAGGCCCAGGUUGAACCAGUUAUGACUAAUUCCAAUCCAGCCAUUUCACCAGCAUUUCAGUUUCCCCUACAAAUAGAGGGCAGAUUGGAAAGAUUAACUGAAGCUGAUGAUAUUGAACAUUUUCUGAUCACAUUUUAACGUAUGGCUACAGCUUAUCGAUGGCAGAAAUCAGAUUGGGUUUUUCGUUUGAUACCCUUGCUUACUGGUAAAGCUAGAGGUGCCUAUGUUCACAUGGACAUUGAUGAUUCAUUAGACUAUGAUAAAGUGAAAUCAGCCAUUCUGUCAAAAUAUGACAUUAACCCUGAAACGUAUAGGCAAAGAUUCAGAUCCCUGGACGUUCAACCAGAUGAAAGCCCUCAUGAGUUAUAUGCAAGACUGAAGGAGCUUUAUAGGAAAUGGAUCCAGCCAAAGGGUAAAACUAUUCAUGACAUUGGUGAAACCAUAAUCUUGGAGCAGUUUCUCAGAAUGUUAUCUCCUGAGCUUCAGGUUUGGAUCAGAGAACACAACCCUGGUUCAGCAAUGGAAGCAGCUCUGUUAGCUGAUGUUUUUGUUGCUGCCAGAAAGAAGGGGCAAGCAUGGAGCCAUAAUGCAUGGAAGGCAUCGAGGGACACCCGGAAGAUACCUCAGCAAAACCAUCUGGAUUCAGCAAAUACAAGCACUAGUAAGACCCCUCAGUCUACCACUAGACCACCAAAGGCCUCCGGUAAGAAGAUCAUUUGUUAUCUUUGUGGAUUAGAGGGCCAUACGAAACCUAUGUGCCCAAGAAAUUCUGCUAAAAUGGUACAAAUGUGCUUCGCCCCCCGUUCUAAUGUUGAUCCUGAGCAGGAGAGUGACAAAUCCAUCAAAAUGAGUCAGAUUGAAGUGAAUGGGGUUCUACUCAAUGGCCUUCUUGACUCUGGCAGUUCUCGGUCUCUUAUUCACUCAGAUUUUGCUCCACCUAAUAUUGUUCGUACCAGUGAUACAAUUUCAAUCUGUUGUGUCCAUGGAGAUGAGAAAAGAUAUCCGACAGCUGACAUCUACAUUAAAGUUCAGGACCAGAUGUAUCUGCUGAAUGUGGGUGUUGUGAACAGUUUGCCUUACUCUGCUGUGUUAGGGCGUGACCUUCCUGUGCUUUUUGGUUUGUUGGAGUCUCAGCAGACUGAGGAGUGUAAUGUAGCCGUUACCAGAGCUCAGGCUAGGCAAGUCAGUACCCACUCUGAGACCCUGAGUGCCCUGCCUUUUUUUAAUGAGGAGUUUGAAACAACUGUGGUGAAGCCACGCAAGACCCGCAGACAAAGAAGGCAGGAGAAAUUCAAAUUUUCACCCGUGGAGACACUAACAGACGCUGAGCCAACAUCGUCACCCCUAGGGUUUAAUAUUCCAACUGAAAUUGCUGACCUCCAAAAAUCUGAUCAAUCUUUAAUAUCUCUUUUCCAGAAGGCCAAAGAAAAGGAACCUGGAGUGGAGCAGGUUCUCAACAAUGAGAGAACGGUUGGAGAAAAUGAGCGAACUUGCUCAAUCACAUAUGGUGGAGGCCCAGCAGCAGCAGAAGUCUUGGUAUGAUAAAUCUGCUCGUCAGCGUUCGUUUGAGCCAGGACAAAAGGUGCUCGUGCUCCUCCCCAGUGACAACAACAAAUUGUUGGCAAAGUGGCAGGGGCCAUUUGAAGUUAUGAGGAAGCUGGGACCCACCACAUAUGAGGUGUCCACCCCAGGGCAGUUGCGCUCCAGCAAGGUCUUGCAUAUAAACCUUCUGAAGGAGUGGGUGGAGCGUAUUGAACACAAGGCAGAUGCAAUGCUCAUACGGCGAGUGCCUGAAGAAGAUGAAGCAGAUGAGCAAUAUCUACCACCUGCUGGCUCUCUAGAUUAUGAUCUCAGCCAUCUCCCAGAGGACAAGCAACAGCAGGUGAGAGAAAUGUGUAAAUCAGCAGUCUUUCAAGAGAAUCCAGGGAGAACUGACAUUGUCGAACAUGAUAUUGUGGUACGAGAAGGUGCCUCUGUGAGACGAUUAAGUUACAGGAUCCCAGAACGUCUGCUGCCUUCAUUGAAGAAGGAAAUCGAUUUGAUGCUAUCCCUAGGGAUCAUUGAAAGAUCUAAGAGCGAGUGGUGCAACCCUGUGGUCUUGGUACCCAAAAAGGAUGAGAGUAUGAGGUUCUGCAUUGAUUUCAGGUACCUGAACUCCAUAUCCAUGUUUGACUCCUACCCAACACCAAGAAUUGAUGAUCUACUUGAACGUCUGGGAAAAGCAAGGUACCUGACCACAAUAGAUCUGUGUAAGGGUUACUGGCAGGUCCCACUCACUCAACGGUCCAGAGAGUUCACAGCAUUCAGAACACCAUGGGGGCUUUUCCAAUUUACAGUCUUGCCAUUUGGAUUACAUGGAGCUCCAGCCACUUUCCAACGGCUAAUGGAUCAGGUAUUACGUGACUGCUCUGACUUUGCUGCUGCUUACUUGGAUGAUAUUGUUAUCCACAGCAACACCUGGGAGGAGCAUGUGGAACACCUGCGAACUGUUCUGGACCACCUGCACUCAGCUGGGUUGACGGUGAAUCCGUCAAAGUGUGUUUUCGCUGCUGCUGAGACAGAAUACCUGGGCCAUGUCAUCGGCAAGGGGGUCAUCAGGCCACAGGUCAGCAAAAUUGAGGCCAUGGAAUCAUCCCCCCUGCCCCAAACAAGGAAGCAGCUGAGAUCCUUUUGGGGCAUGGCAGGAUUCUACCGUCGUUUCAUCCCUCAGUUCUCCAACAGGGCAGCUCUGCUCACAGACCUGACGGGAUCACGCUCCCCCAAUUACAUCCAGUGGACAGAGGAGGCAGUGGCAGCAUUUCAUGACAUCCAACAGUCACUAAGUAAGCAACCGGUUUUGUAUAGUCCCAACUUUGAUGAACCGUUCAUAUUACAGACUGAUGCUUCAGAUCUGGGCCUGGGAGCUGUCCUCCUUCAGGAAACCAUGGGAGGCUGCCAUCCAGUGGCUUACAUCAGCCGGAAACUGUUUCCACGGGAAGUUCGUUAUUCCACAGUAGAGAAGGAGACCUUAGCAAUCAAGUGGGCCCUGGACUCCUUCCGCUACUAUUUACUGGGAAGAGACUUCACCUUGGAAACCGACCACAAAGCACUCCAGCACUUGAGAAGAUGAAGGACACAAAUGGGCGAAUUACCCGCUGGUACCUGGCCUUACAGCCAUUCCGAUUCACUGUCCACCAUGUACCAGGCAAGGAGAACCUUACUGCUGACUAUCUCGCUCGUUGUUCCAGCGAGAGCUCUGAAGAGGGGAGGUGUGUGAUGGCAUGCCACACAUGGUAAGCUCCACACCUCACCACCAGUUGAUUCACUUUAGUUUAAUUUACAGUCACUACUUUAAAAUAUCCUACUUAUUGUUCAAUAUUGUUUCUUUAUUAAAUGUAUUUAUUUUUCCAUCACACCUUCCAAUGUUUAUAUGGCGUGCACACAUAUUAACCUUGCAAGGUCAAAGUUCUGUUUUAUGUUAUAUUAAUACAUCUUUUUUUGAGUUACCUGGGGUUUGGCUUCUCCUUCUGUCUGGCAAAAGGUGUGGCAAAGGGCUGGGAGAGCUGAAAUACCACUGACAGCCUAAUUGGACAGACCCACAUGCUUCAUUGCCUGGGGAGUGUUCCAUGUUUGUUUAAUUGUUUUGUAUUAGUUGGUUAUAUGGCAGCCAUUUUGUUUUCCCCCGUGUGUGUCAUUUGGUUUAGCUAAACCAGUAUUUAAGUUCCCCCGUGUGUCAUUUCAGCAGGUCAGUUUAUCAUAUGUUUGUUUGAGGUUUUGUUAAUUAUUAUCUUGAGUUUAGUCUAUUGAGUUGACCUCUUUUACUGGUCUGCCUGUUUAUGUUUU